AGAAACGGUUGCUAACAACUCUGGAGAAAGAGGAGAGCAGACCGUUGUGUUAACAUUGAAAGUGGUAUCAGUGGCUAAUUGCUCGAACUACAUUGUUCAGUUCCCUGCAGGUUACUGUUCCCAGAGUACAAUUUAAACCAUGCCUCGAGGAAGAUCAGCCACCAGUGUCCACUCGGACAGCAGCGACAUGGAUAUUGAUGGCAUAGCUGAAACAGAGAUGGGCAAACUGCAGAGACAGUUCCGGAUCAUGGGGGGAGACCGGCUGGCCUACAGCAUCCAGUCUCAAGAUCACAUCCGCAGACAGCGGCAGGAGAUAGAGAAUCUUGAGAAGGAACAGGAGGAGCUACAGCGUAGUCUCUGUGUGUCUGAGAGCCUAUCCCGGCGGCAGCAGGACAGUGAGGACGCCCAGACCCUGCGCUCCAUGCUGGAACAGAGGGACGAGGUGGGGGACGAGGUGGAGAUGGAGAGGCAGAGUCAGGCAGAGCUGGAGCAGGAGAUCUCCAUCAUGGAGAGAAAGCUGGCGGAGCUGAGGAGAGGCGAGGUCACUGCUACUCUCAGCCAAAAGUCCCAGUCCCGCCACACUCAGAAGGCAUCACGCACCCUGGAGAACAAACUGGAUAGAGCCCUUAUUCGCUUCAACAAGCAGCUGACUAAAAACAGCCACCUGAGAGAAGACCUGGAGAGUCUGCGUGUGGAGCGGGUCCGUUUCCAGCAGCUCCACCGCAGACUGGACAAGGAGCUGCAGGAGAUCCGGAAAGACAUCGGAGACAUGGUCAGUCUCGCCACUGCUGCAUACGAUGUCAGGGUGGAGGCCCAGUCUAAGAUGAUCAUGAUGAGGGAGAAGGCAGUAAAGGACCUGUCUCAGUACAGCGCUGAGAUGAAGGAGCUGGAGAGGGUGAUCGCACACGAACGCCGCCUCAAAGAGUUCAUGACCACCAAGUGCAGUGAGAGGAGUGGCCAGGAUGAGGGGCAAGAACUGGGCCGCAGGCAUGAGGUGAAGGAACAGAGGAGGAUGGACUCUGGGGAGGAGUCAGUGGACACACUGGAGGAAGUCUUCCAGAGGAUCCAGAAUAUCACAGGAGAGGAUGACCUGGACAUGCUGGUCACCAGGUUUAUCCAGGUCGAAGAUCAGAACUUUGCCCUCUUCAACUAUGUGAAUGAGCAAAACAACGAGGCUGAAGCUUUGAGGGACCAAAUUAAUCAGACCCAGAGGGAGAUGGAGCAGUUUAAUGUGACGGGGCAGCAGCAGGAGCAGGAACACCAUGCUUUGUUGAGAGACCUUGAUCAGCAACAGAGAGACACAGAGUCUCAGGCACACGAGAAUGAAGUCCUGGCCAGCGCUGUGAGCAAGAUCCUGGACCAGAUAAAGACAGGAGUGAACAGUGUGUUCCAUAAGAUGGACUGUGAUCGCUCGCUGGUAGAGGACUUGCUGGGCUCGUCCUCUGGCAUACGGGAGAACAACAUCAUGACCUACCUGGGUCUGGUGGAGCAGAGGACCAACCAGCUGCUCACCAUGCAGGCCUUCCUCAGCUCCAGGGAUCUUGAUAAGGAGUAUGACCCAAAAGACCUGGCCCGAUUUCUACUGGGUCAGAACCCUGAGGUUCCCAGACAAAAUAUCAUCAUACAGCCUCCAGUCACUGGAGAUGACUAUGACACAGAGGAGUCUCCUCUCACUGAUGAGGAAGAGCGGCCUCUCUCCCAGGGAGAACUACGAAAGAGAAUCAUGAAAGGGGUCUUGCUAAAGGAGGGAUCAGUGCGUCACGCAGCAGCGAGGAGAAAGAUGAGUGUUCCGUCCAACAGCCGUCGGCGCUCCCUAGAGGCCUGAGAGGAGCGGCACACACAGAGAUAGCCAUGUCCAGACGGUUUUGUCUAGAAGAGAUACAGCUUGGUCAAAAUUUACGCAGCAGUUUAGGAUAAUUAACGUAGCAGGUUAGGAGAACUUACGCAGCAGCUUAGGAGAAUUAACAUAGCAGGUUAGGAGAAUUAGGUUAAGGUUAGGAUAACGGUUAGGAUUAGCUAAAAUGCCAAAAUAAUAUAUACUUUUGACGUCAAUUUGACAAAAUCUAUAUUCCAUCUAGACCUUUCUAGCCGCCCCCACCAGGUGAAGGACCUCAUCCAAGGAAGAAUAGCAGAUUUUGUUAUCUAGUGUUAUCACCUGAAUUUCAACCAUGAUCAAAUGACCAAAUGUCACCAUUUUAGUUCUGAUUUAAUAUAUGAUAGAUAGUAUUACUUGUA